GCUUUAAAUCAUUCACGUGAACAAUAAAAAUGCAGUAUUUUGAAAUUACUCUCGUAAUUUUAGUCGCUGGCCAAAGUUUUGGAAGGAGUUUUGAUGAGAAUGAAAUUAAACUCUUGCGUGAUGAAAGGGGAGUCGAUUCAUCGUUUAAAAAAUUUUUGGAGGUCAAUUUGAGACAAUUACUCAGAGAAGGAAAUGAAACUCUGGGACUUCCUAUUAUGGAUCCAUUUGUCAAGGACGAAUCAAUCUUUCAAAUCAAACAAAAUGCCAUUGUCAAUGCAGAUAUAGAAUUGACAAAUUUAGUAGUUAAAGAAUUAUCUGAUUACAUUGUUACCAAAGCAAUCAUUGGUAUCAUUGGCCGUAAAAUAACGGUUGGUUUUCAUUUUCCAAAAAUUCAAACAAAAGGAUUUUAUAAACUUGAUGGUAAUUUCAUAGCAUCGGAUGAAAAUAUUCAUGUUUUCGGUGAUGGACUAUUCGAUAUUACUUUUAAAAAUUUCUAUAUCGAUAGUAUCGUCAAGCUUUCAGUCAUGGGAGAAGCUAGUAUAAAGUCUAUUGACCUGAAUAUUCAUCUUGAUGAAUCAAAAGUCAUAGCAACUGGUAUCUUUAAUGAUGAAGAAACUUCUCCAAUGGCAAGUGAAGUUAUAUCUCAAUUUAUACCCCAAUUUAUUAGAGACAAUCAUGAUCAAAUAACCAGUGUUAUUGUCAACAAGUUAAAAGAAAUUGGCAACUCAAUCUUAAAAGGAAAAAGUUUCAAGGAUCUCCUAGGGCUGAUUGGUUAA